AUGGAAGUCUCGUUGCUCCAGAUGAACAGAAACGCGGACUUCACAGCACCACGGACCAGGGAGGAACGCGCUAUCCUAGGCAGGACCCUUAAAACGGAGGGAGUGACGCAAGAAAUCUCAAUCGACCACUUCAAGCCGCUUCACAUCGAGAAAAUGCUGCAGUAUCUAUACAUGGGCGAUUACACAGUCGAAAUCGAUGAUGUAAUCAAUGCGAUGGACCAUACUACCUCGUCGAUCCCGUUGAGCCCUAUGCAAUCUGCGGACUACGAGGAAUGUCUUGUCGCUUUGCGUGCGAGAAUAUAUGAUCUCGGCGACUACUUUCAGAUUGAUGCUCUCAAGGUUACGGCAAAACGGCAGUUCCAGAUUACACUUGAGCGGGGAAAACGGAGGAAGCAUUGGUUGAGGUCAUCAAAGUGGUCUACAACUCUACUCCGGAGUCUGACAAGGGGCUGCGAGAUAUCCUGA